AUGAAAACUCUCGAAGAUCCGUUCUUAGGAAUCCCGAUCGAUCUGGUCAUGGAUAUCUUGUUUCGAGUUCCGGCGAGGACUAUAGCAAGUUGUCGUAGCGUAUCCAAACAAUGGAGAUCCAUAAUCGGCCGUCGGGAUUUCAAGGAGCUGUUCCUCACAAUCCCUCAGAAUACAGCUCGCAAGUCAACUCUUGUGCUCACUCGUUAUCAUGCUAACCAUUAUUCUCUUAGAGAAUUCUCAGCUAGUUUUGGUUCUCCUCUUGGUGGAUUCAUCUGUCGCCAAGAUACGGGAAGACAUGUUGGCAUUGUUAUUUGUAACCCCGCCACGGGAGAAUCGUUAUCCUUACCCCAAGUGGAGUCCGAGAGUAUAAAUACCUGGGUAUCACCUGUUUUAGGAUAUGAUCCCAUUGACAAGCAGUUCAAAGUAUUGUGCAUCCAGCACGAUAGUGUCCCAAGCAGGCCCGAGGAUCAUCAGAUUAUGACAUUGGAGAACGGAAAACAUUUGUGGAGAACAGUCCAAGGCAAACCGCACUAUCCCAGAUCUAAUGAAAUAUGCAUAGAUGGUGUUUUGUAUUACACAGCCGUGGUGGAACUUGGGCUGAAGGUUUCCAUGAUAGUCUGUUUUGACGUUAGGUUUGAGAACUUUAGCUUUAUCAGCAUAAACGAUGAUGAUGAAGCCACAGUUCUGACUUCUCGGUGUCAGCUAAUCAACUACAAGGGUAAAUUGGGCGCGCUUCAGUUUAAAGAGACGCUUCCGGCACGUCUUGAGUUAUGUGUCCUAGAAGAUGCUGGGAAACGUAAAUGGUCCAUGGUCAUCUACACAUUACCUCGUUUGUUGGGCGGCGACGCUACCGAAUUAGACAUUGUUGGAAUGACCAGUAGGGGUGAAGUUGUGUUGUCAUCUCAGUGUCUAGAUGACUCAUUUCCAUUUUACCUUUAUUACUACAACCUCGAGAGCAACAGGUUCACAAGUUUUCGGAUCCAAGGUCUUGAAGGGUUUACGUGUAGGAUCGCUUCCACCUUUCUAGGCUACGUUGAGAAUUUGAAACUUAUGUAA